GACGUCGCUCUCAUUAUUUACAUACAAGAAGGAAAGAUUGGAAAAGAGACUGCUUGCAGAAACACGCAAAUGGUCAGGAUGACCCACAAGCAUUACCUGGAGGGCCAGGUGUAUUCUGUGCCCCUCAUUCAGCCAGACCUGCGGCGUGAGGAGGCCAUCCACCAAAUCGCAGAUGCCCUACAGUACCUGGAGAAAAUUUCCACUGACAUCUUCAGCAGGGUGUCUCAGCAUGUGGAGAAGAACCGUUCCCACCUCCAGGAGGUCACGGACCGCAUUAAGCUCGCACAAGCCCGUGUGGACAAGAUCAAGGGCAGUAAAAAGGCCACUAAGGUGUUUUCCAGUGCCAAGUACCCCGCUCCGGACAAGCUGCAGGACUACUCCUCAAUCUUUGCCGGUGCAUCAGAUCCUGCCUCCCAGAAGCGGCCACGCUACAAGGUGCAGAGCAAACAUCGUGUACUGGAUGACAAGGCCCUUCAGGAGAAGCUGUUGUACUUCCCCGUGUGCGUCAACGCCAAGAAAUCUCUGGAUGAUGAGGCGGAGGAGGGGCUAGGGAGCCUACCUAGAAAUGUCAACUCAGUCAGCUCCUUGCUGCUCUUCAACACCACUGAGAACCUCUAUAAAAAAUAUGUGUUCCUGGACCCGCUGGCGGGUGCUGUAACAAAGACCCACAACACGCUGGAAACAGAGAAGGAGGAGAAGCCCUUUGAUGCUCCUCUGUCCAUCACCAAGAGGGAGCAGCUGGAGAGACAGACAGCAGAGAGCUACUUCUACGUGCCUGACCUGGGCCAGGUUCCCGAGAUUGACGUGCCUUCCUACCUGCCCGACCUGCCGGGCAUCGCUGAUGACCUCAUGUACAGCGCCGACCUGGGCCCGGGAUUUGCGCCAUCGGUGCCCUCCAGCGCCACCAUGCCAGAACUGCCCUCCUUUGGCACAGAGCCGGAAGAGCCCAAUGGGCCAGGCUUCCUAUCGCGAACUGAAGCACCACCCCCACCACCACCACCUCCACCUCCUCCACCCCCUCCUGAAGCCCCACUCCUCAACUCACCCCCACCUCCAGGUGCUCCACCCGUUCCUCCUCCACCCCCACCACCUCUGCCUGACACACCCAGUGCUGGUGGCGGCGAGUCGGACGCCAGGUCUCAGUCCACAGGCACAGUGAAGGGAGCUCCCUCAGAGGUGGUGCAGCCCUCGGAUGGCAGAGCCAGCUUGCUAGAGUCCAUCCGCAUGGCAGGCGGCAUUGGUAAGGCCAAGCUGCGCAACGUCAAGGAGCGAAAGAUGGAGAAGAAGAAGCAGAAAGAACAGGAACAAGCAGUGGCAGCUGUGGCCAGUGGAGGAGACUUCAUGUCUGACCUCUUCAACAAGUUGGCCAUGCGCAGGAAAGGCAUCUCGGGCAAGGGCCCAGGUGGAGGAGAUGGCACCGACGGCCCAGCCAGCUCCACUGGUGCCUUCGCCAGGAUGUCUGAUGUCAUCCCUCCGCUUCCCGCACCCCAACAACCAACUGCAGAUGAUGAUGACGACUGGGAGGCAUAAUGCAAGAGAUCUGUCCUUCAGUUGGACUGGCACAGAUGGGGGAGGAAUUUGGACUCAAGAAUAUCUUACUAGUUCUGGCAUCUCCAUGUGAGCACUUUAAGGUCUGCUGCGGGCAGAAAAAUUGAAAGCAAGGGAUGUUGGGAAGGAAAUUGCUCAACACUCAAUUUGUUCUUCCUCUGUGGAAGUUGUCUGAAUCACAAAUUUAUGAUUGCUUCAUAAAAUAAUGUCCACAUUAAAUUUGUUUUUCCACUACAGCUUCAUCUAUGAACAAAAUCAGUCUGAACUUUUCUUUGUGUAAAAAUGCUCAGUAACAUUUUCUAACUAACCAUUUUACUAAAACAUGUCUUUUUUUGCUUCUCUCUUUUUUUUUUUUUUUUUUUUUUUUCUGUGUGCCAAGAAGGUAACAUAAUGACCUUUCAAGUCACACCAUCUUUGGUGGCAUCUUGAUGUUUAACAUGUUUUUCAGCAUAGAAAAUUCAUCCUGUUUUGUCUCUUCCUCAACCUCUUCUGCUGUGUGGAAGGAGGAAGGCUGCAGGGAGACUCAGGGUCAGUGGACAGCACAGCACAGGGCCAUGUGGAAUCUGUUGUACGCUCCAGGUGCUAAGCGGGGGUUUCAGCACAUUGAUUGGCACUUAGUUACAUAUGACUUUGCAGAGGAAGUUGGAAUCUGGUCAGAGUCCAACUGAGUAUAGUAUGUGUUGUACAUAUACAUUAAUAUACCAUAUGAGCAGUGCUCUCAGCUGGAGUUUUGUUUGCAUCCAUUUUUAGGCCUUUUUGAACCCAAUGCACUACUACAAGUCCCGUAUGAUUGCCCAGAUGUACAGAAUGCUUAUCUGUGUGAGAAGCACACAUUGUGCUGUGGUCGUUCAUUCGGCAGCGCCGGACAGACUGAUAAAGGACAAGCGGAGCACAGCUGGUGGUGUGCGGUGAAAUCAGCACCGCCGAUGCCUUGGUGGGCAAACACACAUGGGGUCGUGAGAACAUCUGGGUGUGUUUGGGAACAUGUGUCCUGCUGACAGGAGAACCCGCACUUGUACUUUGUCACUGUCCAGCAAAAGGUUUUAGGGAUUCAACAGAGGUCAGGAAGUUGAACUGAUAAUACAGCUCGCAAUGCGAAAGGAUUUUUGCAGCUUUAUGGACUAAAGUUCCAAAAACCUAAAAAGUUAUAAUAAUAAACGUGUGCUUUGGGGGGUUUAAAAAAUGUAUUAUAGCUAGUGUCAGAAUGUUUUAUGUGAUGAUUAAGCAAGAGCAAAGUGUACAUAAUUGUGUACAUAAUUUCUGACUACUAUUAUAUAAUGGAAACUGGUAUCAGUCCUGAGCAUUGCUCCGAUAAAUGACUUCCAGGCCACCCUGAGCUACUACCUAAAAGAAGCUGCCCUAAUGAUAAGUCCAAUGGUUUAUAUUUUAGUUGCACCCCUGUCUAAUUAAAGGCAAAUUAACACAUCAAUAUUCCAAAUUCUUAUAUGCAAAUGUGAAAAAUAAAAUUUAAGAAAAAACCUAGAGCAAAGUUGCCCAGUGGUUUGUUUUAUUGUAUUUUUUUUAAUUUUUAAGUUAGUAAGUACAGAGAAACACAGUCUCCACUAAUUGUAGGAUGCCUGAUGCACUGUUUUUGGUAGAACAUUUGAGUAAAAGAAAAAAUAUAUAUACAGUAGUGUGCAAAAGUUUUAGGCACUUGGUUGG